AUGGAUCUUUCAACAGCAAAGAACUCAACAGUAGAACAAAUUUUACACUUUCUUCAAAUUAUUCUUCCACAAGGAACAUUAUUAAGAAUCGAUAACUCAGCAAAUGAUAACAUCAAUCAACUUAUCGACAAGCCGAUAUGUUUAUUUACAAGAAAUAGCUCAUCGCUUCAACCAUUAAUAGAACGUUUAGAUUCAAUCAAUCUGUCAAUCUAUACUAUUGAAGAUGAACUUAGUCUAGUCGAUGAAAAAACACAUUAUAGUAAUAUCGACGAUCUCGUUGGCAAACUUGUUGAACUAAUAGUGCAAAAAUAUCGACAACAAGCAGAAGCACAUACAACUGUAGGAAAAAAUCAACUAGCUGAUAUUGAAAUCAGAAUGAUUCAUCGAAUAGAAUUUGAAGUGGAAAAAUUUCGAGAAUUAUAA